CCCACUAGACCAUCAGGAAUUACACAAGAAGUUCCCCCCUUCUUUUGCGGUGACCGCUGGUUCUUGUACGCGACCAUUGCUUUGCCUUCAGUUUGCCUGAGUGCCGGUCGUACCGUUUCACUUACACUCAGUGUAAAUAAUCGAUGUGAAAGUAAAAACUACGAACAAUUUUCCGAAUUACAGUUUGCCAGUGUUUAGUGUUGAAUAAUGUGCAACAAUUGUGAAAAUGGCUCUUAGGAUACUAGCAGUUCUAGUGGCUGUUCUGAGCAGUUCAGGACAAGCCCAGAGGUACUUCAUCGGAGAAGAGGCUCCGGAAGAUUACUACAAUAGCCAGCAAGUGCUUACCAAUCCUCAACAACAAUACUAUCAAAAUCCCUCUUCGACUUACUAUCUACCAAAGCAACUCCCUGCCCACCCGCAGCAGCCUCAAUACAAUCAGCAGCCGUCUGCAAGGCAAUUUCCCUUCAGACUCGCUCAGGAUGAGUAUGUGGCACCUUCGACUCAUCGGCCGGAUUAUUCGCGAGUUCUCCCCAAUCAUCGCCUCCAACAGGAUCAGCACGCCCACUAUCCCUCAGAACUGACUGGAAAUGCCUUUGAACCUGAGCCUGCUUCGAAAGAGGCUAGAAGGUUGGACUUUAACAAGGAAGAGAAUGGGGAAGAUGAAUAUCUGGAAGAAUCUGACUACGGGGCAUCUGAACUGAAUGACAAAAGAGCAGCCAGUGAGUCUGCGGCUGCAAAGGAAGAUAAGGCGGAAGCGCCCAAUGAAUUGGAUGAUGAGGAGUAUGAUGAGGAUGACGAGGAGUAUGAGUAUGAAGAUGAGGAUGAAGGGGAAAACAACAAUCUGAACAACGAAACGAAAACCACCAACGAAGCCUACGAGGUUCUAACGGUCAAACCCACUAAACCAAUGCAAAACGGCCUUCUGGAUGGUUUUGUGGAUGUGGAUCUGAUGGAUACAACCACUCAAGAGCCGGCCACUUCAAAUUUCCAGUCUUCAGUCCUGCCCCCCAAAGAAGAUUCGAAUGAAACCAGAAACUUCCCCGAGCUGGUUGUGUCAGUGGUGACCAGCAAGACGAUCGUGAACAACACAGUCAUUUCCCCCAUCGCUUAUAAUGCGUCUACAGUGCCAAGUGCUGAAAUGGGAGUGUCCGUGGAAAACAGUACUGAUUCCUGGAUAGUCAUUGCUUCAGUGCAAACUAGUAGAAGCAUUUCAGGGGCACGAUACAUUCCUUCCACGUCUGUAGACCAAGACGAAAGAAGGCAACUGUUGAAUGAGGGAACUUUGUCUGAAACUGAAGCCACCAUUCUCGAAACGGAGCUGACUUCUCCUAUGUCCAGUCCAAGACCCAAGACCUCCACUGAGAGCCUCAUUGAUAAGCUAGAUCGAGUUCAGUCCGACCUUUCCAGCCGGGUUUUAACUGGCGGGUUUAAGAACGAUAACAUUGCGAUCAUCGAUGAAAAUUUGACCACCAAAGUGGAAGCUUCCACGGAAGCCACUGUUAAGAAACCAUAUCCGCAAGUUAAUAUUAGGAAAUUUGAUGCUGGCAAUAGAGCCGUGAGGCCCACUGCCAAGAAGAGCGAGCCCAAACGGAAACCAGUUGCACCUAAACCGCUUCCAACUGAUCAAUCGCCUACCACUCAAGACCCUCUUAGUCUUAUUUUGCAAAAAAUUAAGCCAGUCGAAGACAUAAGCGCUCUUCUGCCUCCAGGUUACAGAAUUCCUAGUUCAGAAGAACUCCUGAAAUCCAGCCAGCCAGUGAACGACAUCACGAAUCUUUUGCCUCCUGGCUACACGCCACCUCAACCAGCCACGUCAACGAUAAAAUCCAUCCUGGAUGUGCUGCCCAAUGAAGAAUCUGUUGAAGAUAUCAGCGCACUUUUGCCCCCAGGAUUUAAACUUCCUGCAACAACUGAAAAACCUUUGGAUAGUCUUGCGACCAGCCUGCUAUCCAAAGCCAAACCCGUGGAAGACAUCAGCUUCCUGUUACCUCCAGGUUUCAAGCAGGGCCAACCUGGAAACGAUCUUCUAUCGAAAGCAAAGCCAGUGCAAAGCAUUAGUGCUCUGUUGCCUCCAGGUUACAAGGCGCCUUCUUCCAAGUCCAAGUUGGAGGAUAAUGUUCCAGCUGCAUUGUUGCCUCCAGGGUAUAAGCCGGGAGGAACCACAGAAAAGCCUGCAAUGAAAGUGUUUUCCAAAGCCAAACCUGUGGACGAUAUCAGCGCUCUUUUACCGCCUGGCUACAAGGCCGGUGCAACUCCGCCUGCUGAGAAAUCAGUUUCCAGUAUUCUGGCUAAAGCGCAACCGGUUGAAGACAUCAGUGCCCUGUUGCCUCCAGGCUUCAAGAAGGGAUUCAGCAGACCAAAAGUAACCACUACACCACCAUCAGUCAAUCUGGAAACCGUUAGCCAAAACAUUCCCAACAAUCUGCUGCCUCCAGGCUUUAAACCAGGCCCAUCUUCAAGCGAGCCUUUGGCAACCUCGACUGAUUCUUCAGUUAGUCCAAGUGCGCCGCUCAGUUCAGGAUCUGGUGGUUUGAAGAUUGUCUUUCCCAGCCGUCCAGGUGGAGGAGCCAGAAAAACGCCCCGACUGACCACGCCUAGAGGGCAAGCUGAAGAUGGUGCGAUCAAACCGACGUCCCCUAGUAUCAGGAAGGCGUGGCCUGUUAGGUCUAGUACUGAAUUUACUGGAUGGCCGACGCCUUCAACCACACCGAUUUCGAUUGAAAAGCUUCUGGAAGCGGCUCGGACAGCUUUUAAAAGUACUUCAACAGAGGAGCCUGUGGAAACGACAUCCACAACCACAACCACCACCACUACGACCACCACACCUCGACCAACUACUCCUGGAAUUUGCGUCGAUGAUUGCGACUUGGCUGGCACCAUUAAACUAGUGGGAGGAGCCAAAUGGGUGCCUGAACUGCUUGACCCCAACACCAAAGAAUAUCAACUUUUGGCCAAUAGCGUGCAAAGCGAGCUCGAGAACAUCUACAACAGUUCCCCGAUGCUGAAGAAGUGGUACCGUAAGAUCCGCAUUGAUAGCUUUAGCGAAGGAAGUGUCCUAGUGGACUUCCUGGUAGAAUUCAACGAAAUAGGACAAAAAGUGGACACUCAGCAGAUUAAAAGGCUGUUCCAUGAGUCUUUGACUGAAACUCCCCAAGAGCCCUCCAAUAGAGAAGGCAAGGCCUUGAACGAGAGCAAAGCUGAACGACUUUCUCUGGGAAAAUUUGAGGUUGACCCCAAAUACACAGACUUCGUCGUGAUUCCGAAAAACGCUUACCCUACGGUGGGCUACGCUGAUGAAGUUCUUCUACCUCAAUGGGCCAUUGCGGUCAUAGUCAUUGGACUGGCUUCUUUGCUCUUCGUGAUCAUUUUCGGUGCCACUGUGCUGUUUAACCGCCACAAGAACUCGAAGAAAUCGCCAGCACCUCUAACCGAAGACAUGCUGAACGAGCUCAACAAGAAUCACAUGGGGGGCAUAGAAACCUAUGAAACUGAAGACUUUUACAACAUGGAGGACGUCUGGAGUGACAAGCACUAUGAGCAAAAACCGCACAAGAAGAGAACCGCUAACAGUAGUUUGUACGACAACAGCACGGCAAAUCUGUACGACAGUUGGAGGUCGCAAUGGAACGGACAAUGGAACGCCUACAAUACGUAUUAUGGAAACCAGCAUGGAAGCCAGCACAGUUUACGACGACCAGAUCACGACACCAACUUCUGAUGCUGAUUUAAUGGAGAAAAAGUGAAUAGUUUGUGUAAAAAUGUAUAAAGAGACUGAGUCUGUAUUUAAA